GGCCCACGACCUUCGAUGAAUGGAACGAGUUGCCGGAGCCGGAGGAUCUGGGUAGUACCACAAUAGAGGUUCAUGCCAUCACUGCCGUCAACUUGGCAAAUCUCACCGCCACGCCUUCUGUUCUACCUUCGGCUCUCUACGCUUGCUGCAUGCUUCGCGAGGCUAUCCUCCUCGAAGGCGCAGUCCACCCGGACGGAACAGUCGACACUCUGAGUAGGGCCGACCUCCUCCGGUGCAUGAAAGGAAAAGUCAAGUUGGCAUUCAAGCAUGCAAAUGAAAUUCAGUCGAUGUUUCACCAUCCCGCGAGCCCGGCAUGCACCGCUGCGUCCUGCAAACAAGCCCUUUCCAUUACGCACACCCAGGCUGUCAACUGUAUACACGCUGCCAGCGAUGGAGACCACUAUUACGGCUCUUAUUACAGCUCCCUCCUUUCGACAUGGUCUUUCCUACUUGACAAAUGGGAUGCCUCCCUGAACCCGCCGGGUGCAGUCGUGCAAGCGAUCAGACCAUGCCAGGCUUGUAUGGCAAUCCUGAGAGAUAUCGGAGAGAGAAGAAACGAUACGCGAACGCACUUGGCAAGCGUUGCCGUCGUACAUGGGCGUUGAGGUAGCAGGCUGGGGGGUCCCAAAAGCUGACGAGUGACAUCUCCAGUGUUUCGACCUAGCAUGAUUGAGUCUUAGGACACUGGCUCUCGAUA